UGCUCAUCUCCACGCUCAUUUCUCUCUUCGCCCUCCCCGCCCGUGCCCAGACGGGCUUGAACGGGUACCAUCCCAUCAUACCCGUGAACGAGUACUCUGCCAGGAUCACCUGGCCCCAGGCAUCCGACUACUGGGUGUUGAAUGGCACAGCCGCCGUGUCGUGGGACUACACGGGUCCAUCAAACAUUACGAAAGAUGUCCUCUUCCUCCUCGUCCCUCUGUUCGACGUGCCAAACCCCGAGCCUAAUUCAACGGCCUACUGGCUCCUCGACCACCGUGCGUCAGACAUCACUAGGGCUGACGGCAGACGCGAACGCGAUGCACAAGGCGACGGUCGUACCGCUCAAGUAUGCGAUGACUCACGAUGUCCUGCCUGGCCGGUAUGAGUUGUGGGCGACGACCGAGUACGGCGCCAUCGGCAAGGCGCCACGAGUGGCGUGUGACUAUGCCGAGAGCCACCUAGCAUCGGUGCGCGGCAGCGCGCCCAUGCCCGGCCGCGAGUGCUAUGUGUUCAGGCAUGGCCAGCCGGUCCUGUUUGAGAUCAGGGGCAACGGGACGGACAUGCCCAAGGCCGCUGAGAUUGCCGGGCUCGCCGCGAGGGCCAACGGCACCUCGGGCACGGUGGGCCCUUCCGGAAGUGCUCAGUCCGCGUCGCCUACUAGUGGUGGCUACAUCGCUUCCCUCUCCACGGCUGCAGCGGUGGUCGCGGGAGCUGUAGUCGCUGUUCUCCUGUAAUCUGCUGCUGAAUUUGAGUUGCGCUGUUCUCCGAUUGAUGUUCUCUCAAUACUCGUUACCGCAUUAUUGUGCCUCGAUGGACUCCAUGCAUCAUAACGUGAGCUGUCAGUAGCGGAGGGUGUAGUGGGACUCAAAGUCGUACGCAUGCGGGCCCGUGCGCAGGCAGGAGUAUUCAAGAUGAAUCUUCGAUUCGACGUUCAUGCAACCGUACUCG